AUGUUCAAGGAAUUCGCGACCAAAAACCGCAUGCUGGCCACGAUUUGCACGCUCCAGACCCUAGAACAAGCGGUCUUCCAGCGACUAUUUCAUCUGUUCGGCGGCUGCCCCGGGUGCAAGACUAUCCUGUGUUCUCUCGACAAACUGUCAACGCCCGCCCAUAAGGGUAUCAAUUGCGACGGAUGCCGUAUAAAGGAUAUCUUCACGCGUCGCUACAAAUGCAAUGUCUGUCACGACUACGACCUCUGCGAGAGCUGCUACGAUAAUAAGAUAUACGCUCCCGUUACGAACAAAGUGGUCAGCCAUCGGGCAUCGCACCAAAUGACCCUCUGCACCUCGGUGCUUUUCUUCACCAACUCGGUGUUGAACGUGCAGACGGCCAAUGGGAUCAUCAAGGAGGCCGUGACAAAUGACCUUAAACGCAUACAAAAUCUAUUGCCGACCGAGGAGGAGCGCCGCUUUUUUGGUAACAUCAUGAAGGAGAGGAAUGGUGAAGGUCUACAGGAGAUGCUGGCUCAUAUGAAAAAAGCAGAGGCGCUGAAGGCCCAAACCAACCCCGACCUGCACCAAGCAACUCAACGACAUGCGGCCAUGUCCAACGACCUUCGCAACGGCCCCGCAGCGAUGGGAAAGCUGGACGAAGCAACGUUAGCGCGGGCCGAAUUCGCGCAUGAAACACGAAAAGGAGGCAGCCUGGCGCACAAAAAGUCCACGAACACCGUCUUCGCCAUCGGACAAGAAGAGCUGCAGCGUCGGAUUGACCAGAGGAUCGGCGCCGAUCAGCAAGUCGGACGGCACGAUAUUACUUUGCGUGGCACCUACCAAGCGGUCGAUUGGGAGAUCAACCCGUUGACCGGCACGAAAACGAGGACGUACUAUGAGGUGCGAGAUCCGGUCUUCGGAGUUGAUAAUGGAAAGGCAAUCCAUCUAAACUCCAAAGGCACCUACUCAAAGGUCGAAAUCCCCGGGCAGAGAUUCUACGAGGCGUAUCAGAAAGUCGAUGGCAUCCCGGCGGUCUACUGUGCGCGCCGACGGCGCAAUUCGGGCGCCAACGCCCAA